GGUACUAGGGUUUUAAGGGAUGCUGUGGGAUGGAGAGCAGCGGAGGAGCGGUCGCGGUGGUAAGCGGUAGCACGACCAGUAGCGCAAGCAUCAGUAGUAGCUGCGUCACAGCCGAUCCGGAUUGCGCGCCUCCCGCAGCCAUGGCUAGGGUUUUGUCAUCCUCGGAGAGCAACGCGCCGGCAGCCGCCGAGAUCGCCCCCAACUCUAAUGGCGGUGGCGGGGAGGCCACGAAUUCCAGCUCCCAGGCCGCGGCUGUGCCGGUUCCAGCGGCAUCGACGAUGGCGGCGCCGCCGCCUCUGGUUCUUCCGGUAGCACAGCAAAGGCAGCCUCACAUACCACAGCAGCAGCGGAUAGUGUGCGUGCCGAAUCAACAGGCGCCAUAUCCACACGCGCCACCCUCUUCUUCGCAGGGGAGGGCGGCCAAAGGGGCGGCGGUGGUGGUCCGGCAUAUGACCACGGCGCCGCCAACCACAGCUCAAGCUUCUGGCGCCGCCGCCGCUCCUGGUCAGUUCCUCCAUCUCCAGAAGUUCCAGCAGCAGAGACCGUAUGCCACGGCUUUCUUCUCGCAGGCUCAAAUGGCCGCCGCCGCCGCCGCCAGUGGCUCGCACCAUCUACGCCAGCCUCAUCCAAUCCUUCCCAUGCCAGCUAUGCAACCAGGUGGUGCUACUACUCCCAGGCCUCCUCAACCGGUAGGGGCAGCGUCCAAGUCCCAGCAGGGCACACAGGUCCAGAGAAUUCCACACCCGGUUUCCUCGCCUCGGUACGUCAACGCUGGACAGGCGGCCGGGGGUGUUAUGUCCGCUUCCGCGAGUCCACAGCCUCACAAGUUGCAAGGAGUUCAUCACUUUAGAGUUGGCGGGGCGAGCAAUGGUUCCGUUCUUGGGAAAUCUCCAUCUUGGCUUCCGCCGACUGGACAGGGUGGUGGCUCAAGCUCUAUGACUCCUGGCGAGUCCCAUGGCAGGGACCGUCCGGAUGCCCUUUCCGUGAUCAUAAAUGAUAGAAAGGUUAGACUUGUGUCCGAGGCCGAUAAGUCGUCUCUGUAUUCUCUUUGUCGUCGAUGGGUAAGGAACGAUGUUCCUAGAAAAGAUCAGAUGGGGUGCUGGGAUUGCGUGGUACCGCUGCCUAGACCGCUGUCUGCUGCCGAGGUUGAGAGGGUAGAACCGUCGGAAGAGGACGGAGAUGUUCCUGACGAAGUGAUGAAGUCAGACUUUCCCGUAGAAAAAGUUUCAACAGGUGAAUUGCUGGAACAACACAUUUCUCAUUUUAAGAACGUGAGGAAGAGAUCGAGAGAAGAGAUCAAACAAAGAAUUGCGAGAUACAGACCGCGCCUCGCUCUUUGUCUCCAACGAGAUUAUACGUGAUAGGCUCUAAUUUAUUCAUUGAAAGAGCACAUCUAAUUUCAUUGAAAAUCAAAGAUUUCUAACA